CGGCGGGAUGCACUCGCCACUCAGGAUCUCUCUUCGCACUUAUAUCGCCAACCACGAUCAUUUGAACGCCUCUCAUUGUACCCCAACCAACAAUGCUUAAAUCAACUCUCCUUGCCAGCUUGCUUUCGAUCGCAUCGCUCCAGACUGUAAGCGCACGUCAGGCGCCGCCGCUGCUAGCUAAAAGAGGCGUCAUUGGAGUCGAUGUAAACUUUUGUCCACAUUGGGACAAGUUAGAAGCCUGUCGAGGCGGCUCUCACGCAUGUUGUCGACAGUUCUGUGCCAGUUACCGGGUGUCGAUCGAGACCGAGGCUGCGACCCAGUUCUGCAACCCUGGCAACGCGCCCAAGAAGCCCGACCCGAGCCCCCCUCCUCCCCCGACGCCCCCACCCCCCGCUCCCUCCCCGCCACCCCCACCACCUCCGACCGUGCAAGUCGCUCCAGCCCCAAUCGUCAUCGGCACCGCCCCUCCUCCUCCGCCUCCGACCGUCUACUACGCCCAGCCCGCUCCCCAAGUCUUGUAUUCCCAGCCGGUGCCCUAUGCUCCUGCACCGGUGCUCGUCCAAUCUCAUUGA